AUGCACAUGCUGAGACUGUGCCUAGGGAGGAAUAUCGAGAACCCAGGAACGCUCGGGUACAUUGUAAAACAACGGCCACGAUAUGGGUUUAGUCAGAAGAGCGACUUGGAGCGUCCUAUUCAAGAUGACUGUCGAGGAAUCCAUCGGAGAGGGGUGAUGCCUGAGCUGAGAUUGUGCCCAGGGGACGAUUUCUAUGCAGACGUCCCUGGACAAGCCGUACUAAGUAUAUCAGGGGUGGUCGAUAAGAUUGGGUUGUUGAAGAGAGACAGGCAGAUGUCGUGGCAGGCUGAUAGAGCGCAAGAGCUUCUUCUCCCAAUUGACCAGAUGGCGGACGAUACCCUGGAGGUGGUGGUGGUGUUACCGGCGCCAGGUCCCAAUAAGGAACGGCCGGGGAGGAAAGGCAACCACAGCAUCGACGACGAUCUCCCGCCCCCAACGCCGCCCAAAGAUAACUUGCUCGCACCACCCAACUACAGAUUCCAUCCCCCGCCGAUGCACAGCUACUCACUCGGCGUCGCCUCUCGCUCACGCAUGGACAUGCCCGAACGAUGGAGGAGCGUAUCCGAGUUUGCCAUCAUCUCGCACCACGACCACGACCAAUCCUGGCCUGAAUCCGACGAAUCGUCAGUCAUGGUCGAGUGUCCCCCGAGUCCCAUUGUUCCAGUACCGCUUGCAGGAAAGUGCAACCCUGCAGAGACGACGGUGAUUGCUGACCCUGCUGAGCGUGCGCCCAGGAGACUGGUGGCGCGGAGACAGCGGGAACUGGAGGAAGCAGAGGCUGCGCGGGAGGAGGAGGAGCGGCGGACGGGGAUACGUCGGGUGAAGGAGGAACAGAGGCGCGUGGAGGAGCAGGAGGAGAGAGACCGCCGUACGAGGAUUGAGCGGGAUAUGCGCAUGAGCACAGAAGCUAGGCGACGCAAGAAGGAAGCCGAGGAGAGAGCCGAGGAGGAGAAGAAGCGUGAGUUGGCGGUGAGGGGCGUGAGGGAGAGGGAGAAGCGUCUUGAAGAGCAUCGCCGGUUGGAGCAAUGGCGUGCGGAACAGGCGAGGAUCAAGGAAGAAGAACUCAGGAGAGAGGAGGCUGAGAGGGCGAAGGAGCAGGCCGAGCGCAACAAGAGGGUAGAGCAGAUGGCGGCCCGGGUCAAGCGGGAUAAAACAGGAAGCAUGCUCGCCGGCUGGGCUACCAUCCAGACCAUUAGCACGAGCAGCGACAAGGGCAGGGCAGUAGAGGGGAUGGCGUGCAGGGAGGCGGGAUGCGUUGACGUGGUGCGCGGUGUCGAGUGA